AUCGCACCAUCACAUCUCCUCAUUUGCCCGCCACAAAUACCCUUUCGAUUGACACAACCAACACACCUACGCCUCCAAAAACAGCAAUCAAUUGUUAACACCAUGAGUUUGUUCGUCGCCAGCCGAUCUGCCUUCCGGGUCGCCGCGCCCCUCAAGCGGCAGUUCCAGGCCCGCCGCUAUGCCACCGAGCAGCUCUCUACUGACCCCAAAAAAGGCAACAACAUGCUGCUCUACGGCGCCGUUGCUGUCGCCCUUGCCGGCGUAGGCUACUACUUCUCCAGGAGCACUCCGGCCGUCAAGAAGGCCGAGGAGACCGUGAAGGACACCGCGGGCGCCGCAACCGAGAAGCUCACCAGCGGCGAGGCCAAGAAGGCGCUCACGGGCGGCGAUCAGGGCUGGGUCAGCCUCAAGCUCGAGGAGGUCGAGAUGGUCAACCACAACUCGAAGCGCUUCCGCUUCCGCCUGCCCGAGGAUGACAUGGUAUCGGGCCUGCAGAUCGCCAGCGCCAUCCUGACCAAGUUCAAGCCCAACGACCCGGACGCCAAGCCCGUCAUCCGGCCCUACACGCCCAUCAGCGACGAGGACGCCAAGGGCUACAUCGACCUGCUCGUCAAGAAGUACCCCAACGGGCCCAUGAGCACGCACCUGCACGACAUGGUGCCCGGCCAGCGUCUCGACGUCAAGGGCCCAAUUCCCAAGUACCCCUGGCAGCCCAACAAGCACAAGCACAUCGCGCUCAUCGCGGGCGGCACGGGCAUCACGCCCAUGUGGCAGCUGUGCCGGGCCAUCUUUUCCAACCCGGACGACACCACAAAAGUGACGCUCGUCUUCGGCAACGUCAGCGAGGACGACAUCCUCCUCAAGAACGAGCUGGCGACGCUCGAAAAUCACAACCCCCGCCGGUUCCGCGCGUUUUACGUGCUCGACAACCCGCCCAAGGAAUGGACCGGUGGCAAGGGUUACAUCAACAAAGAGCUCCUCAAGACGGUUCUGCCCGAGCCCAAGGAGGACAACAUCAAGGUGUUUGUAUGCGGCCCGCCGGGCAUGAUGGAUUCCAUCUCGGGCAACAAGAAGAGCCCCAAGGACCAGGGCGAGCUCAAGGGAAUUCUGAAGGAGUUGGGGUAUACCGAGGAGCAGGUCUACAAGUUUUGAGUCUUGGGGCUGGGGAACGAGAUCGAUGAUUGGGGUGGAACUGGAUCCAGCCGGCGUUGAUUUUUUGCUGCUCCGUUGCUUGCGUUGAGCAGCAUUGUAGACUAAGAAUCGCUGGCGAAAGGGCCUGUAUCUGUUAUAGAGAUGCUUUCAAUCAAACCACAAGACGAUUCAAAAUCA